AUGAUUGGAUUAUUGAUUUGUUUCUCUAUCGUUAAUGCAUUCAAGGCUGAUGUAUAUUAUUCUAUUUCAAGCGAACAACCUGUUGAAUGGAAGAAAAGAGGGUCAAUUGAAUGCAAUAAUAAUCAAUGCAUAUUUGAAAAUGAACAAAAUUUAGAAUUUACAAAGAGUAAUGAGUUAUGGUAUUAUAUAAAAGUAGAUAACACUUUCACAUCAAUCCCAACAAACAGUGUAUCACCUCAAAUGACCGAUUCAAUUCAACUUUCAUUGUCUGGUGAUUCUGUUGAAAAUAUUUAUUAUCAUGUUAAUGGUCGUUCAUCAACGUUAAAAACAUCUGCAUCAUUAUUACGUUCAUCUGAAUUCCCUAAAACUCGUCCUGAAAAAAGACCACCACCAGAAGAAGAAAAAGGUUUCUUUUCAAAGUAUUGGGUAUGGAUUUUAAUUGGGGUUGUUGCUCUAUACUUUUUCUCGGGAUAA